CCUCUCUUCUAUCCUUCCACCAUCAGCUGACAUUUUUGGGUGGAAGGAAUAAAAGAAAGAUGGUGAAGAAGCCCAGUUCCGUUUUCUUCUUCUUCAUCUUCUCUCUCUUACUAUGCAUUUCUCCAUUGAAAAUCGAUGCCAGACAAAGCGACGCUCUCAAGACGUUCUUGAAGAAGCGUGGGCCCACCAACGACCGCCCUUUCGAGACCGAAGUCGUCGAAUCAGAUCAUCUUCUUAUUCCCCAGCAAGGAUCAAAGGAGAAAGACAAGAUCAUAAAGCUACCAGGCCAGCCAGAGAAUAUAGAUUUUGCUCAUUAUGGAGGUUAUGUAACUGUCGAUGAGAAGACCGGUAGGGCUCUCUUUUACUACUUUGCUGAGGCUGUGGAAUUUCAUCAUGCCUCCAAACCUCUCCUCUUAUGGCUCAAUGGAGGGCCUGGUUGUUCUUCACUUGGGUUUGGAGCAAUGGAAGAAUUAGGACCUUUUCGAGUAAUGAGCGACGGUAAAACACUCUAUCGGAACAAAUACGCAUGGAACAAAGUAGCGAAUGUGUUGUUCUUGGAGUCACCGGCUGGGGUGGGGUUUUCCUACUCAAACACGACGUCAGAUUACGAUCUGAGCGGUGACAGACAAACAGCAAAGGAUGCUUAUGUGUUCUUGGUGAACUGGUUGGAGAGAUUUCCAGAGUAUAAGAAUAGAGAUUUCUAUAUAGCAGGUGAGAGCUACGCUGGCCAUUACGUUCCACAGCUUGCAUAUUCCAUCAUCAAACACAAUGAGCUUGCAAACAAGACCAGUAUCAAUCUCAAAGGAAUCACUAUCGGAAAUGCAGUGAUCCAUCGUCCAACGGACAAUCUGGGCGCGUAUGAUUACUUCUGGACCCAUGCACUGAUAUCAGAUGAAGCAAUCAACAAUAUCCAUAAGUAUUGCAAUUUCAGCCCAAACGCUACCACCCAACCCCGGCAAUGCUACAAUGCCAACGAAGAAGUGAACAUCGACAUCGAUCCAAUCGACCCCUAUAACAUCUACGCUCCUCUAUGCUUUUCUUCAAAGCUUACAGCCAAACCCAAGAAGGCUUCGAUAAUGAAAUACGAUCCAUGUACGGAUUACUACGUGGAUGCAUAUCUGAAUACUCCUCAGGUCCAAACAGCACUUCAUGCUAAUGUCACCAAACUCGAUUAUCGAUGGUCAGCCUGCAGUGAUGUGAUACCCAGUUGGGACGACAGCCCACGGACAAUCAUACCACUCUUGAUGGAGUUCAUGGCUAAGGGCAUCCGUAUUUGGGUGUACAGUGGGGACAUAGAUUCGGUUGUUCCUGUUACUUCCACUAGAUACUCUUUGAACGUGCUCAAACUUCCUGUGAAGACUCCAUGGAGGCCUUGGUUCCUCAAAAGGGAGGUUGGUGGAUACACAGUGGAGUACAAGGGUGACAUAACACUAGUGACAGUGAGAGGGGCAGGUCAUGAAGUUCCAAGCUACCAGCCGAUUAGAGCUUUGGCUCUCAUUCACAACUUCCUUCUUGGGAAGCCCCUCCCUUCUUCAUGAUUUCUUUCUCAAAUCUCUUUUUUAAACUUUAUUGGAAUAGAAAAUCAGUAAUGGUUGGUUGAUGGUAGUAUGCAGGAUAUAUUAUAAUAAAAAAUAAUAAUAAUAAUUUCAAAAAAAAAA